AUGUCGAGUGGAGAAGACGAGGAAGACGGACUGUCGUUGGAAGGACUGUUGCCAAGACCGCCAAGACCGCGCCGAAAAAUGUUUCUCGAGAAAUUGGCCAUUGGUCGAAGAAAGUCAACGGGCCAAGAAUUCUUGCACAGUAAACAUCUACCAAGCGGGAGCCCAGUAGUCGCAGAUCCAGAGCCGCAAGUCAGAAGAGUAACGAGGUCCCACAGCAAUGCUAAUGUCCACGGUUUCAAAGCCCAGUGGGGUGAUGCCCUCGUCUCUCAAGAGCCUAUACAAACCUCCUUGAGUCAAUUACGUCAGACUGUUGAAGUGUACGAGAAGCAGGCGAGCAACGAGAAAUGGGAACUCUGGCGAGUUCGAGCAGAUGUCACAGAACUCGAUACUUUGGCAAGAGCAGCUCUGGACAAGCAGAAGUCUCGAAAGACACCUUUCAAGGGACUGGAAAGGUUCUCUACGGUAGCUUUGGAAUAUUCAAAACUACUAGAUGUGGUUAUGAACCAGUGUCCGGAAUACGUGGCUCUGGCUUGGGGCGUCACGAAGCUUCUCCUAGUCGCAAACAUCAAUCACUCAAGGCUCAAACAAAAUGUCGAAUCACACUUGCUAUCUAUUGGAGAGCAGCUCGGGUUGGUAAAUCAAUUGAUUUCAUACUCGCCGACGGACAAAAUGGUAGAGUAUGAAGUCACAGAAUGUUGCUGGCUCCAAGUGCUAAUAUUCGCUCCUCAGGGCUCUGGCUGCGCUAUAUGCGAGCUUCUCCAAAUUUCUGGGCAAGGCUCUUCGAUGCUAUGCCAAAAGUAA